AUGAGUGCAGGUGGAUCAGUGAGGAGGGCGAGAGAAAGAAUGGAGGCAGGAGUGAAGCCAGAGGCUCCGAGAGGGCCACCUCCGCCAAUGUUUGACCCCCGACGACAACAGGCGCAAAACCCAACCCGACCGCGACCUCAGAUGGCACCAAUGGUGAGCUCAAAGGAAAGUGGUAGAAGUAUGAUAGGAGUAGCAAUUUCGAGACCAACACCUGUACCGCAGUGGCCAUUGCAGGGUUCAAUCGAGCCGCAAGAUGUACCACGAGCGCACCAAUAUCUACCCCCACAGGGUUGGGGACCAGCUCCUCAACGACCUCCUAGACCGAGUCAUGUUCCUUCAAUGCUCGAUGCAUCACAAUUACAACAACCCACCCCUUCUUUCAACCAUCGACCGCCGCUAAAUGCGCAAGACCAACCACAAGCUCAAUGGCGGGGAUUUCCGGAGGACGAUUACUAUAGUAGUUCACCUGACAUGACCUCACCAGUGACACCCUCAUCGCGAGUUUCGACGAUUUCUUCUGUGGGAACAAUACCGGAUUUUCCUGUACCGGCAAUUCCACCACGAAGGAGUGUUCACCUAGGACCACCGCCAAGUUCGAGGAGAGGAGCUUCUUCUUAUUAUUCACAAACCUCAUUUGUGUCCCCGAUUCCAGAAGAGAGUCCAAGGACGGCAACCACACACCGAUCGUAUGCAUCAAGUGCGGCGAUACCUUCAAGUUGGGGCUCGGAAUAUGAGUAUGAUUCUGAGACUCCCGAAAGAGAGUUUGAGGAGGAACAUAUGCACGGUCGUGGGGAUUCUAGAGACUCAACUACGGAGGAUGGUGACGAAAAGGAAUUGAUCCGAAGCGCGAGUAUGGGUAAAAGAGCAAAGCCUGCCAUGAUUAACACUAAAAGCGCGGAGAAAAUGGAUCAAGUGCGGCCAGGUCCUCGCCCACAGCAAGACGAGAAUUUCGAUCGGAUGGGCCCAGGUUCAGGGAAAUCAUUAGGCGUUCCGAGUACUGAUCGGGACUCAAUGUGGCCUAUAUCUGCAACUGCAUCAUCACAUGUUUUACCCAUGUCAAGAAAUCCAAGUAGGGCGCCCGGUGAGAUGGGAUGGCCAAUAUCUUCCUCGCUUCUGGCAUCAUCUUUAGAAACCGUCCCUGGCGUGGCUAUUGCAGUAACUACUGACGAUACAGUAUCGCCAAUUUCACCGUCUCAAGAAUACCAUUUCAAGACUCGUGACAUGGCUGGAGCCAACAAUCUACAACCUCCAGCAAUGGCACCAACAUCAAGAACACCAAGUCCUACUACUGGUGGUUUCAGUAGAUUAUCAGCAAUUCGACGACCUCCACGCUUGGACAUUGAUGCGGUGAGAGAUGCUGAGGCCAGAGGUAGUUUGACAAGUUUACCUGAUCUGAUUCGGAGGGCUACACGAUUAGCGGCUAUGAUUGAUCGAGGGAAGAGACCAGGUAGUCGAUUGCAUGAUCUGAACGAUUUUCCAAUGGACGAAAAGGACUUUGAGCGAGAUUUCGGUAAGUUUGAAGUUAACCGUAUAUGCCCUCUUUGCUAAACAAUUAUAGCUGUCCGUUCCCCCGAGGACAAGAAUAAGCGCCGCUCUGGUCUCUCGGGCAUGCUCGCAUCAAUUCCCUCUCCUGGGAUUGUUGGGACCCCUCGAACUGGUACACCCAACGAAACCACCGAGAGAAGACUCUCUGUCUGGCCUCAGGGAUAUCAAGAGACUGACGGCGACAAAUCCGAGGAGAAGGCGCCCAGGAAACGACGAUGCUGUGGUUUGCCAUGUUGGGGUUUAAUGGUCGUUCUCGUAAUUAUAGCAAUCAUUCUCGCCGCAGCAAUUGUUGUUCCAGUCAAGCUUCUUUCAAUAGACAAGACACCUCCACCUCAAGGACAGAACGCAGGCGAUCGAUGUCAAUCAGACCCGGCCACGGCUUGUCAGAAUGGUGGUAUAAGCAUAAUAGAUAAUGGGGCAUGUGCAUGUGUAUGCACGAACGGAUUUACUGGUUCGACCUGCAAUAUUGCCGGAGCUUCUGGUUGCACCACCACAACACUGGGAAGUCUGUCCAACGUCACCUUGGGAGAAUCAAUUCCACGCCUGAUAUCAACUGCUCAAACCAAUUUCUCUGUCCCACUUGUCGCUGAAACACUUGUCGCUCGGUUCAACAACGCAAAUCUUUCCUGCGGCUCGGGGAAUGCGCUUGUCACUUUUGAUGGCUUAUCUUCAAGAGGCGGGAACGCCAAUGAUGUGGUAGUUCCAAUUGCAACUGACACACCUUCGGCCACUCGAAAGGUUCGACGAGGAGGAGGGCCAGGUAGUACACUAUACUUGACAUAUUCUACGCCUACGCAUAUGCCCCCACACACGUCUACGCCUUCAACUCCACCACCCACUAUCGUCGUAAAUCCAUGGCCAGCUACCACACCGAUGCCUACACAUAGUAGGCCCCCGCCUAGCACCGAACCAUCUACUGCUUUCACCGUUACCGAAGAAGUUCUUGAUUUCUCUAGGGUGGCGGUCUUGUAUAUCAUGCAGCAAAAGAAUCUGGAUAACGCCGUUACUGCACAAUCAUCAAUCCAGAGCUUCAUCUCCAAAACAACCUAUACCAACCAAGCUGCGAUGAAUAUCGAGCUAGGUAAUAACAACACGAUCAACUUGGUAGCUUUCACUGUGAAUGUUGGGAACGGGGCCGUGGGCAGGAAUCGAAGCACUUCUUCAACUUCGUUAACUUCGGUGCAAUCGAGACGAAAACGGGAUCAAGUAGGCCAGAAAGUCCGGACUGGAUGAGAGAAAAACCAUAAACGAAUCGAGCGAAUCACACAAGAUGCCGGUUGACCUACCAACGAAAGACUCGAUCAGCUCAGACUGACAUGAGGCUCCAAAUACAAAAUACACCUUGUACAUUAUUCUCCUUGGCAUUCUCGCAGAUUCAUAUUUCUCUUUCGUUUACCACGUUGACCUUUGGUUGGCGAGAUUUCAUUUUUGCGUGCACUUGGUUUUUUUCAUUUUUUGCAUCAUCACCAAAAGCGUCGAAACGGUCGGCCUUGAUUUAAUUGGCUCUGUGAGAGAUUUUUUCCUUUUCCCUUUCAGGCAUUGCUUUCAUUAAUUGAGCGGAUACCAUUAUGAGUUGAACGAAAACCAUAAUUACUUGUCAUUGUAUUUCUUUCUCUUUCGGCGGAUGUUUUUCUUGCUUUCUUGGGUGAAAUGGGGUGGGGUGAGAUGGCAUAUUCAUGUGUGGGGAGUGGGAGGAAAGUGGAUGUUGAUAAAAUAGAUGCAUGGGGAGAUGGUGUUUCUGCGGCUUUUGUAUGAAUAUCAGAAAGGGAGGGAUUGAUGAUUUUUGGCCUUUUUUUUUUUUUUUUGGAAGGAUUGAUGGAUGAGUUUGUGGUAUGUAUAGUGGUGGAGAUGAUGGAGAUAUGAUACGGUGGGGAUAGUAUGAGGAUGAAAUGGGGGGAUGAGAUACCCGAUCGAUCAUAGUUGUAUGUGUAUAAGUGAAUAGUGGGUAGUGGGUAAUUAAGAUAUCCUAUUAAGAUGAAUGGUUAAGUUUCUUGUG